UCUCACCCCGGCCCCCGGCCUAGAUGGAGGUGGAUGGUGGAGGUUUGCAGUGGUGCGAGUGAGAGUGACGUCGAUCGCUACACACACAUACAAAUCCACCCCGACUUUGCUGGACUACACACUGACAUAUUCACAAAUACACACACAUAGUGAGCCCUGCUCGGAAAUUCGUGCGAUUUUUGUCAUGACAUUGUCGCUGCUCUACUUGUGACUGUCGCCGGCGAGUGUUCAAAGGGCGAUUUCGCACGUCGCGCGCGCGAUCGUGAAAUGAUUCGGCACUGAUUGGGUCGACCGGCGACGAAGAGUGAAGCGCAAAAAUGAAGUCGACGUUGAGCAAAUACUUCAUGUGGAGCCUCGUCUGGAUUCACGUGUGUCUGCAGUUUUCAGUCGCGAUCGCGGCGGCGGUUUUCACCGACAACUCGGUGGACCACGAGGGUGCGUCGUCUGGGUCGUCGUCAGCAUCGGCGGUGGGCAACUCUCUGCUGCACCAGCACGUCAAGAGGUUUAGCGGAUUAUACACAGGGCCCUACUUCGACACGUCCAUAGCCACUAACAUCACAGCUCAGCUCGGCACCCACGCGUUUCUUCCCUGCAAAGUCAAGCAGCUAGGCAAUAAGUCGGUGUCGUGGAUACGAAGGCGAGACGCGCACAUUCUAGCCGUGGACCGGUACACGUUCAUCGCUGACGAGCGGUUCCAGGCGUUCCACGCCGAGUCGAUGGACACUUGGACCCUGCAGAUCAAAUACGUGCAGGCGCGAGACGCGGGCCAGUACGAGUGUCAAAUCAGCACCGAGCCCAAAAUGAGCCACUUCAUUACCCUCAACGUCGUAGUGCCUCGGAUCGAGAUCAUGGGCGAGACGGACAUCUACGUGAAAACGGGCAGCACGGUGAAUCUCAAAUGUGUCAUCACGCAGAGUCUUGAAGAGCCAGCCUACAUCUUUUGGUACCACGACAACGAGAGAGUUCUCAAUUACGACAAGACACAAAAGGAGAUCAAGGUGGAGAGGGUCGACAAGGACACCACCAUCGGCACCCUCAUCAUCUACAGUGGCCGCCGCGAGGACUCGGGCAACUACACCUGCGCCCCAUCCAACCUCGACUCGGCCAGCGUGCUGCUACACGUGUUGAACGGCGAGCACCCGGCAGCGAUGCAGCGGGGCAAGAACAGUGCCGCGCCGUGCUCGUGGAGCCACCUGUCGGCAGGACUGGUGCUAUUCGCCUGCUGUUCAACCCCCAGGGCCGCCCUGGCAACCCUGCUGGCGCUCGGGGUGGCCGGACACCUAUUGGGCUGGGCGGGCACAUAAUUGGCGGCGCCCGCCUCGGCUCAGCUGCUGCUGCUGCUGCACUCAUUGAACGGCCUGCCUGAGGAUUCGACCCCCGUCAUCAAUCGAGCGGACUGAUGUUUAACUAACGAACGAUAAAACUCAUCCCCCAGUACCCUCCACCCGCCCCCAGCGAUUGGCAAGCUCUCGAUGCAAGAGUGUAAAAUCUAGUCUGUCCCGUCGUUUGCCCCCCCCCCCCCCCCCCGUAACUCCCUGCGCGACAGCCCAACUGUGAAUGAAAUUUAUUCUGCGAGAGGCCAUCGGGGAACACACACACUCACUCACUCACACACACCGAGAAUCACAAAAGGAAUCCUCAGCACAAUCAACGAGCAAACAAGAAAACUUGUAUUCAUGCAUGUCUGUGUGUAAAUGAAUGGAAAUCCAGUUAAGCAACAGAGACAAUGCGAUUUGUUGGUGUACACACGGUACGAAUGAGGCUGCUGCGAGUGACCGCGAAGAUUUUACGACUGUCCAUGUUGCCAUUUUGUAAGAAUCGUUUCUCUCGUCAGAUUCAUCAUUCGGCGAAUAUGUAAUUACUAUACACAUACACAAUCACACACAAGCAACACGAAAGGUACGAUGUAUAGAUUUUAGAGAUGCGCUAUCGGAUAUAUAUUCUCGCACGGCGAAUGGUGUUAGCGGAGCGCGAAGGGCGCAAUUGGUUGCAACCGCGGUGUGGUGCAAUCGGGAUGUUAAUUUCAUUUUAUAGCACAUAUAAUUUUUCCUUCUUGGUUUUUACUGUUUUAAAAACCAGAAUCCCCAGUAAAGGAUGGAAUUUAGAGCUUGCUGAUUUUUCAAGAGGAAGUUCUUUCGCAGGGAGGGAAGAGACGGGUUUCACACGUAUCAUUUCAUCUUUCCUUCUGAUUGAGUUCAGCAACGAGUUCAGUUGGUUGUUCUCAACGGCCGGGGUUAAUUCUGUGGGCCUGGAUUUUUCUUUUGCAGUAAUUCCUGACAAUGAGGAACCGAAAACAGCUGUUGUGCGGUACGAACAUGUGCGAGAUGAAUGCACACAAAGUAAAGCCACAGAGUGAGCUUUUUUCAUUUAAUUAUUUCGUCAGAUUUUGGUUUAAAUCUCUGCUGAUAAUUGGCUUUGAAGGCGACGACGGCACCUCUCAAAACUAAGGUCCUCGAGGUCUGAGUGGAAAUCGAUUAAAAAUAUCAUGGUGCUAGCUUGAAAAGGUUUCCGCGCCAGACCCUCUGCGAGACUUUAAAAGCCGAUGCCGAGAGCCCUAUUUUAUCAACUGCCUUUGCCAUCUGUGGAGGUAGCUUUGGCACACACACACACACACACACAUCACUACCUAUACAUGCGCGCAUAACAAGUGCAGGAAGGAAAUCAUGUCAACCAGCAGCCUUCCCUUUUUUCACCGCUAGCAAAUUGAGUCAGUUUAUUCAUACCCGUUUUCCCAUUUCGCACACUUUGCACGUUCCUUUUGCGAUUCACACCGCAGUCGAUUCACCCCCUGAUGCUGCAGGCAACCUUGGCAGCCAGCAGCUCGAGACGUGUGUGCAUACAUGCAUUCUGCAAAUCGAGGUCGCUGCACCUGCUGUGUGCUUAUAUGCACUCGGCCGGGGCAUGCAGCGUCUCAUUUUUCCCUUCGUCCGCCACACCUCGCCGUGCAGCGAUAUUGUUCUAUUGAAAAUGCUGAUUUUAUAUUUUUUAUGUCAUACUGUGUGAUUUCUGUGAGUGCUGCGAGAGAACAGUUCGUUAUGUUGGAAGCUGUGCGUGAGAAUACGUGGAUAUAUAUACUACAGUGCGUGGCAAGAAACUCGAGACUCUUGAGUCGCCGCCGCCGGCCCUGACUCACUCCGGCGCGGCGACGCUGUCGAAUUCUGCUAGCGCGAGAGAGAAAAUGCAACUUCAACAACUAAACCGGUAAAAUUGUAAAUAAAAAAAAAGAAAAAUCACGAAAAAUACUUCAAGGAAUAAUCAAUAUAGUGACGUUAAAAAUAAUUCAAAGUGCAAUGUAAUAGACCAAAAGAGUAAAAACAACAUUCUUUCCUCAGUGUAUAAAAAUACAUAACUGAAUAAUAUAAUCCUAUGCCGAAAUUUAACGUAACAUCUCCUCACACACGCGACAAAGCAAACGAAAUAAUCUCGAUGCAAGAUUGCCGCUGGCUGUUUCGCGUGUGCCCUCGCGUGUCGCGGGAAUUUUCUUUGCCCUGUCGGUGCGCUGGAGAACAGUGAGCAAAGCGACGCACAUUUCUUGUGCAACCUGCUUCAUUGUGAAUUUUCGCGAGGAUACACGUACGUCUGUGUUCCCUCCGACGCGAGGAGGCACCGAAGGCAGCUCCAGCGUUUUCUCAUUAUUUAUUUACAGCAUCUGUCACGCUCUACAACCAACUUUCUGUCAUGUGAAAUUUGCAUUCGAGCGCGAUCCUGUGUUUUUGUCUACCAAUCAUUUACGUAUGUACACCCCACCCUUCCGCUGAAAUAUCCAGCCUACAUGUGAAUCCACUUGGGGAAUCUUUGUUGCUUCUGUCUCUCUACUCAUUUUGCCCGACCGACGCCAAAGUUAACGAUUAAUUCGAAACCACGGAGGAAUGCCACCGGCAACGGAAUAAUGCACUCUAACCUCUUAAUAAUGUGCGCGCGCGGUCUUAUUCAACUACAUUAGAGUCGACCACGGUUUGGCGGAGCCAGAGAGCUUCGGAUCGGCCUGAGAGCAGGUGACUAAUGAAAUGAAAAGUUUCAGGUGCGCAUUGGUUAACCAGCUCGGCCGAAUUUAAUGCCAGGGAGUCGAGCCACAGUGAACCCUGAUGUGUUAUUUUGAAUUGUCAUGUGUGGCCGAUCUGUCACGUUCUGUGUAAUCUUUGAGCAUCGACAGCGACAUCAGAAAUUUCAAUAUAUAUUAUACUUAAAGUUGUCAGGAUCGCUCUGGGUGUCACGAUCGCUAUGCUCAUGAGCAGUACGAAUUUAAAUACGUCAUGAGAAAAUGUCACGCAGUUCUUUGAUUUGCAUCCAUUUGUCAAGAGACCCUGUUGUUCACCAGUUAUAAUAUUGUACAUUUCGGACGUUCCAUCACCACCAAAGAAGAAUAAAUAAAUCUCAAAACUGUUUUUUGAACCUUUAAACUAUGUCGUGGUAAAUUUUAAAUGUAUGUGAUAUACUAUUAAAACGAAUUAAAAUCCUUCUUACUUGCAAAUUGUGCCGCGAUUCUCAUUUUUCACCCAGAACAGCUCUUUGGCGCCAAACCCUGGUUCCGGUUGGAAUCCACUUGCUCAAAACGGAAAGCAUCUAUCGGUCAACGCACUACCCUGAAUACUAAUAGCCCCGCUCGCCCGCCAUACUCGCAAACAUCCCUUUCUCUUGCUCUCUCUAUCUCUUCACGCUUGAUUUAUGUGUCCGUCGAAAUUUAAUUUCCGCUUCCAAAUCGCCACCUUCUCUCUGAAUUAGACUCCAAAAUAUAAGGGUUGAUCAAAUGUCUGAUUUUAUCAAUUGUCCAAUUGUUGUAUUUUAAUAACGUCAUGGUGUUGCUAAUAAAGAGGAAAUAUUGAAA